UGGCACAGGACGUUUAUAUAAACUCCUGCGCGCCCUUCGUCGCCCAUCUCCAUCUCUUUCCCUCUGCUCAUCUACUACUAGACCAUGGCAUCUCUGCUUUCCACUGCUACUCAGGUCGCCCACUCCGCUGCUGUCUCGCUCAUGAGCGCAGCAGAGGUCAAGCCUGGCGCUACGAUCCCGACCAAAGUACCGGUGAAGGAGGAAGAGGCAGCGAAGACGUUCACUUUCGAGAGUAUCAAGGGGAGAAACGUCUUUGUUGGCGUACCAGGAGCGUUCACCGGGACGUGCAGUGCACAGAUUCCCGGUUACAUCAAGGCCUAUGACCAAUUCAAGCAGAAGGGUAUUGAAAACAUCUACGUUGUCGCUGUGAACGAUGUUUUUACUUUGAAAGCGUGGAAGGAGCAGCUUGCCCCAGGGGGGACGCCUAUCCACUUCAUCGCGGAUGACAAGGGCGCGUUUGUUGGCGCUCUCGGCAUGCUCUUUGAUGCGUCGGAGUUGCUCGGUGCGCCGCGGUCAAAGCGCUUCGUCCUUGUCACCGAGGACGAUACUGUCACUCACGUCGCUGUGGAACCCGUCACAUCCCAGUUGACCAUUUGCGCCGCUGACAAGAUCUUGCCACUGCUCUGAACGAACCAAAUCCGUGCGCGUAGAAUGGUAGGACAACUUGAAUGUAAUAAGAGGUGUGAGUUUGCAGAAUAGACGGAACUCCCAUCGACUUUGACCCGAGGCCAUCUGUUGCGGUCGCAGUUGGUUGGUCAAGGUUCGACCGCAUUGCCGGUGGAGACUGGAAAUCAAUCCGCUAUUUAGGGCUCAGCUA